AUGGUGUUCAACAAACCCAAACGACCACGAUUUCUACAUGAAAGGAGUGCAAUUUCUAGAAAAUUUGACAACUACAAUGAACAUCUAUAUAUUUGCAUAAGUCCAAAUGUUAAUUGGAUAGCAACAUUAAACACCUCAACUUGUCAAUUAAAAUUAUAUAAUUUUAAAGAUCUAAAAAAUGCACACAAAAUAAUAAAUUUUGAUGAUAGAUAUAUCAAAAUCCCCUUUGUAAAAAAAGCUUGGAACUUGACCGUUUCCAAUGAAUUUACUUUGACCGAUGGAACUGUCGAAGUAUUAAUUGCCGUAUCUUGUUUUGAUAAUGAUGAUAUGAAAAUAUUAAAGAACAAGAGAAAAUCACCACAACCACCUCCUAAUGAGCUUAUUUCAGCCGAAGAAGCUGAUGUCAAUGUGAAUGACCGAGAUAAAUCUGCAACAUUCAUUAUUUCAACCGCACGACGAUUGAAAAUCGCCUCCCCAAUUAAUAAUCAGGGUGGUAUAAUUAAAUUUUUGAAUACUAAAGAGGAUGAUGAUACAACCGAAUUGGUUGUUCUCAAUGCGAUCGGAAUUACUAAAGUCUACAUAAAACAUGCUACAAUUGGAAAUGUAAACGAUAAUAGGAAAAGUGAUUGGUCCAAACUUUUAUAUCCCGAUAAAUUAAUUGACAAAUAUUAUUAUCCAAGAAGUUUUUUUAAGGAAAUGAAAAGGUUACCAGAAAAUGAAACUUUUGCUUACUUCAUUCGUCGAAGUCUGUUAAAAGACUGGUUUAUUAUAGAUAAUUAUAAAGAUAAGGUACAAACCAUUGAAACAUAUAAUUUAAAAACAAAUAAGCUGGACAAUUUUUUCCGAAAACGUGAAGAAACCGUUGCUUCGAUUGUAGAAAGAAAUCACGGCGAUUAUUGGGAAUCUGAACGUUUACCUGUCGUCGUAAUUUGGGAUCUAUUUAGUAGUUCUAAUAAUUGUGUUAGAAAAAUUGAUGAAACACCCUUAUUAUUUUCAGAUAACUUAAAGCUUCAAAGAAUAGCUAUCGCUUCCGGAAAACUCAUAUUCAUAAAUGACGAUGAAACGAUUUUUUCGGCAUUAGAUAGACCACAUAUACUUAAAAUAUUGAAUCCUGAAAAUGAUAAUACGAGAAACGUAAUUAACAUAAAUUCACCUGAAAAAUCUAAUUCAUCAUCCACAACAACUCUUCCCUUAACAGAAUAUCAUUUAGUUUAUGACCUUUUGGGAACAUCUUUAGACCAUGAAACUGUUAAAGUGAUCGUUGAAGACCCUGAACCUUGGGUACAAGACAAGCAUUACAAUCGUACCACGACUUAUCUUGAUGAUGAUAAAACUGUUCAGUUAAUUGUUGGAGAAUCUACCGUUCAAGUUUGGCGCAAAAAAAAAGGAGUUGCUACUGAUACUUCACCUAAAAGAAUUCUUGAGUAUAUUUGGACAAAUCCUUUUAAAGAAAUGCAUAGACAGAUUAAAAUUGUAUCUUUGGAAGUUGCUCAAAGGGAAUUCUCUUUAGUGGUAAAUAUUCCUUCUGGAAAUGCUCCUAAUCAACUUGGACAACAAGUCAUAAUUGAAUGGCCUGAUAGAGUUAAUGUUCCAGUAGACGCGUGCAAAGCAUUGUUAUUUCUUGAUUUGCAAAGUAAUGAACCUUUAGGUCCCAAGAAACAACAUAUUUUUGAAAAUAUUGUUCAACAAACCGAAAAUAUCGUCAAGAAAUAUUUAGUCAGCAAUUUUGGAUCAUGGAGAAUGUUGGACAUUCGUUAUGAUCUUAUGGCCAAUCUUAUUCGAGGUAAUCGUGUUUCCAUUAUCCGAAAUAUUUUAUCAUUUGAAUCUAAAAAUGGAAAGAAUAAAAAUUUACAUCUUCCAAGACUUUAUUCCUGGAACGGGCAAGCCAAAGAAACAGAUCUCGAGAUUGCUAUCAAGUACUCGAAGGGAAGUUACCGUAAAGAUACUGUUAUUGUAAAAUAUUUAUUAGAUUAUUAUUCUGAUAAUGCCACAAAAAAUUCGAGUUGGAUGUUUGCGGUAUCCCGAGCAAUUCCCGUACUUUAUGAAUAUAAAUUAGAAUAUUUUGUUAAGGAAUUAUUUCUAAAGCCUUGCUUUGGUUCUAACGAAAUUUACUUGGAUAAAUCGGAGAUUAAUAUUGAAGAUAUAAUUAACAGUGAUCAUAAGAAUAUCCAUGCUUUAAGUAUAGAAAUAGGCCUCGUCAAAAGAAAUAAUGAUAGUUUCUUUAUUUCUCGAAACGAACCAAGUAAUAGACCACCAAAAACAAAAACUUCAAAAAAUAUCAGAAAGAUCGAUCAAGUUUACAUGGUCCCGCUCCCAGAUUUUACUGUAUUUCCUGAUGGGAUCCAUGAUAAACGAAGAUUCUGGAGCAUUCCUAUUGUCCUCUUAAAAUUAUUGUUUUGGCCACGUAAUCAUAUAAUAGAACAAGAAGGAAAAUUGAGUCCAUUUUUGAGAAUGAUUAGGAAUGAUUACACAACGGAAAUUUAUGACAAUCCGUCGAUAGCCGCAGUAAUAGAUUACAAAUGGAACGUGGCAAGAACAUAUUUCGUAAGACAAGCAUUGACUUAUCUUGCAUUUGGAUUAUCAUAUACUAUUUUAUCAAAUACAAUGGAACAAUUCGUUAGACCUCAAAUACCUAAUUAUAUUAUUGCCCUUGUAGUUUUAUUUUAUUGGUUAGGAUUUUAUUUAUUGAACACUGAAAGAGUUCAAUUAAAAUAUGUAGGAUGGAGAAGAUAUUUUAGCGUUUACAAUUUUUUUGAUUUGUUUUCGGUCAUAUUGCCAUUCACGGCAGCUUCGAUACAACUUUAUUAUAAUCUAUCAGAUUAUUUCAGAUAUAAAUCCAAUGCUAUUACCAGUUAUUUUGAACUGGAUCAAGAAAUGUUCACAAUAUUUGAUUCUUUUACGACUUUAACAAUAUGGCUAGAAGCUUUUUUGUUAUUACGAUACUUUGAGAAAACCGGAGCUUACAUAUACAUUGUCAUGAAUAUCUUACAAAAUAUAACAUCCUUCUUGAUCUUUAUAUUGUUGGUCGUCCUCGGAUUUGGUCAUACUAUGUUUAUUUUACUCAGCAAUACAGAUCGAAUCGGCAUCAAACCUAACGGUUCUUCCUUCAGAAUUUAUGAUGAAAACGGAGAUCUUGUACCGGGAUUAAAUAAUUUGUAUCCUUCUUGUUACGAUUUUACAAAAUAUGUUGAUCGCAAUUAUGGCGUAAGCGCAAAAGAGCUUAGUAAACAUGCAGUGCUGAAAUAUCGAGCGGAAUUGAUCGCAGAUUAUGAAACAUUUGAUAGACCAUUUGGAAAUCGAAAAAGGGAUCCUCGAUAUAUUUUUUACAUUGGAAAAACCGAAUAUAUUGAGAAAUGGUUAGAAAAAUCCGAACGAUAUAGGGAAAGUUAUAAGAAUUUCUUGGAAGAAAUAGAAGGUGGUAAUCCAUGGUCCUAUGAUGAAAACGAUGAUCUAGAAAAUUUAGAUGAUUUUCAAAAGUCACAUCAUCAUUCUCAUUCUUAUUCCUUUUCCACGGAUAUUGAUUCCGAUAAUUUAAAUUCACAAAGAGUCGUUCCAUUAUGCUCAUAUUGGUUUGUGGAUGAAGAAGAUGAUGGAACGAGAUUAUUGAAAGAACCAGAUGGUAAAAUGUUGUAUUAUAAAAUGCAGUCCAUUGAACAUGACUUAUCUGAAAAAUUACGUUUAAUGGAAGAUAAUAUUAAACAGUUAAUUUCAUUGCAAAAUCGACAAUAA